GAAGCAAUGGCGGUGAAUUCUUGUAUGGGUGGCUGUGUGUGGAACCUCUGUGCAUCAUGCCAUCCAAUACACAGUGUUUCCUGUGUGGAAAAAGAUGGACUCCAUUUCAGUUUUCUCUCGUAGUUCUUAUAUGCCUAGUAUUGUUCAACGAGUAUCUCAUCUAUGUCUUUCAAACCAUGAGAUGGCCAGCCAUCCCAGAUGUAAACAGGGAAGAUGGCUCAUCUGUUGUUAUUUUGCUGGUAGCCGAUCCACAGAUACAGGGGUACCAGACAGAAGGAAGUUGGAUAGGACCUUAUGCCAGAUGGGAUGCUGAUAGUUACCUCAAAAAAACAUUUUCCUUUGCUGCGGCUCAUACAAAACCUGAUGUUGUGAUAUUUUUGGGGGACCUGAUGGAUGAAGGAAGUCGGGCCACUCAUGAUGAAUAUAGAGAUACUUAUUACAGAUUUCAUAGCAUUUUCUCAAACUUCCCAAGUGCCAAGAGAAUCUACAUUCCAGGAGAUAAUGAUGUAGGAGGAGAAUUCAGGGACUACCGCACACCCGAGAAAGUUGACAGAUUUGUAAAACAUUUUGAACAAGUUGAUGGCAUUGUUCAGCAUGGUUUCAUAGAUUUUAUCAAGAUUGACACCCGAAUACAGAAUACUAUGUUCCAAGAAAAGGAAAAGCUGUUCAGACAUUACAGAAAGUCACUGAACUCACCCAUCCAUGUUGUCAUCAACCACGAGAGUCUGCUACCCUUACAGUUCAAGUCACCUAUCUACCCUCUUUUAGCUAUGGUUAGUGGCAAACUCAUCUUUUCAGCUCACUGGCACAAGCCGAUUGCCUAUAUUUGUGAUGACUGUAUGAGAAAUGAUGAUUAUUCAUGGUCAGUUCACCAGAGAGAUUUGACCCACAUGCAUGGGUUCAUGUUUGAGAACAUUACUCGCAGUGCUGAGUGUCUGACUGAAAUAAUGGUCCCGACCUGUAGCUACAGAAUGGGGGAACCAAACAUGGGAUACGGAGUAGCAGUCCUAGAUGCAAAAGGAGGUCUUCAUUAUGGCAUUUUGUGGAAUCCCAACAGAUACCGUGUUCUGUACAGCUAUCUCAUGGUCACUCUUCUAGUCAUCUUUGUUAACGUUGUCCUCUACUGUUGCCCAGCCAUUUGUAAAUGUUGCUGUGGACGAAGGACUCAGUUUUAUAGGAGUUCACUAAAGGAUGGGAUAAAGACUCUGAAAAGAUUUUGAUUUUCUAUAGAGAAUGUAUUUAAACUAUUAUCCUAUAUAUAAUGCCUAGUUUCUUGUAAUAAUUAAUAAUGUAUUUCUUUAGCUUUUAAACAUUUUCUUUAUCGAGACAAAAAUAAAGGACCUUCAUUACUAUGUCCAUGUAUAAUGAAAUUCAUGUAUCCAAUAACAAAGUGUAUCCAGUAUCCACAUUUAACCUUGUCAUAAUGGUAUUUUUACUUGGAUAUAUGUUAAGAUAUAAAUGGUGUGCCAAUCAAGACCUAUACAUGUAAACUGUGAUAUAUAUAUGUAUUGACCCAGCAGGACCAGAUAAUAGUACAUGUAUCUAUAGAAACUGGUUAUCACUGUUUAUUCCAAUAAUGAAAUAUUCUAGAUGUUUUAAUUUUGUCAGUUUUAUGCUGCAACUAAUACAUAAGCUUUGUUUUCAGUGGUGAAGUUAAUGAGAGUUCAUUUUAAAGUUUCCCUCUCUGAUGAGCAAGCAUCAUCAUUUUCUGUAGAGCAAGCUUACUCAAAUAAUAUCAGGAGGGCUGUGGUGAACUUUAUAACGUAUCAGUUUGAAUUCCAUGUGGAUGUAUUUUCAAUUUUGUUUUCAAUCUGUACAAAACAACAUUUCUACAUUUUUUUAGGAAGUAAGUUACAUAACAUAUAUUAAUCUGCCUCGUUAUUUCUUUAGUAAUUCAAGUGACAGACACUUAUUAGGUAGUACAAAAUAAACAUGGUUGUAGACGUAGGUUGUAGCAUGGUUCUACGUACAGUGAAACUUCGUUAAUCCGGACUCCAAUAAUGUGAACCCUUAACCUUCGGGACGACAAUUUAUAUAUAUCAGGUAUGUUUCAGUUAUUUGGAGGCUUCAUCAAUCAAUCACCUUCCAGACCACCUUUGUGGGGAACGUGCAAUUUGUAUAUAUCAAGUAUUUUUAGUAAUUUGGACGUUCCUUGAUCCGGACAAUUUGCUUGGGAACACAAGUGUCCGGAUAUACUAGGCUUGACUGUACGUGAACCAUUUGAAUUUAGAAAAAAAACAAACAUGUCAAUUGACAAAAUAUAACCAAAUUACAGAUAAAACGAGAAUAAUUAUUGAAAUGUAGAAGAAAAAAAUACACAACAGAUUGAUAUUGAAUUUAUAGAAAAUAAUAAGGAGUUGUAAUUUAUUAUGGCAUGUGCAUUCAUAGAGUUUGAAUUUUGAGAAGAUUAUGUCACGGAUAUUUAUAAUGAGCAAUGAACAAUAGGGAGAGUAUUCUUUGUAUAUAGUUUUCCAGUAUUUACUCUGUGUUUUAUUUGUAACCAAUUCUUUUAAAUUUCCAUUGUAAUACUCAAUGUAAAUCCUUAUAUUAAGAAUUGCAUUGCAUGAUUAAAAUUAAUAUUGAUUGAAAUUAAUUGCUUCCUGAUUGAAAUUAAUUGCUUACAUUGCAAGGAUAACCUAGUCUUUAAUACGGAGUUAUAACUACAUGUAUUCCCUAUUUGCUUCUCAAUAAUUAUCUCGUUUUGGGUCGAUUGAUCGAAGU